CACCGGUCCGAUCGAACACCUUGAACGGGACGCCGAGAACACCCGGAGCCUCGCGAUGGAGCGCCUCGAGAGUCUUUUAAAAGGAGCGAGUCCGGCCGACUGGAUCUUCACGAAGGUCAAAGUGGCGGCGGCGGUCAUAAAGAGCGCGCCCUCCGGGAUGGAAGGCCGGCGGCACGCCGAGCAGCUGGCCCGCCGGCUGAGGGGCCGCGAGGAGCGCUGGGAGGAGCAGGCCCGCCGGCUGCAGCAGGAGGUGCUGAGGCUGCGGCAGGAGCUCCUGAUCCUCAGGGUCACCUCCAACCAGAGGAGCGGCGCACAGGCAGCAGGUCUUGACGACACGAUGGACGCCUCGCAGGAUCUGUUCGGUCCAGGAAGUGAGGCGUGCAGCACUGACCUCCAACCGUGCUGCGACUCAGCGACUCCUGACUUCCUGCAGCAGGACCCCCAGCCUGCCGCCCCGGCCCCUGACCCCCCUGAUCCCUCCAGUCCCCGCGGAGCUCAGCCGCCGGUCCCCCACGCUCAGUUCCUCCAGUCGCUGUGCGCCCUCCACCGGGUAGAGGACAGCGGCCGCGGCCUGGAGGCCCUGUGGUUCAGUCCCGAGGGGGGCGCGGGGUCCGUGUUGGCGGAGUCGGUAUGCAGGCUCCUGGACUCGGUGGUGGGGGCAUGCAGGGACCCCCCUCCGUUGGGGUCCGGCGACCCGGUCUCGCAGGCUUGCCGGGUCGCGGCCCGAGCGAUGGACCUCUUCUGCUCCCAGAGGCCGCCAUCUGUGGAGUUCAAGGACCAGGUGGAGGAGGCCCUGAGGGGGCUGACGGCACUGCUGCUGGACAGAGAUCCGCUGAGCUCGCUCCAGUCCUCAGACCAGCUGAUGGAGCGUCUGAUCACCCUGGGGAGCAGCAGCAUGGCCACCUCCUUCCUCCUCCGUCACCUCCUCUCUCUCAUCAGCGGCCUGGCCGACCAGCUCCACCAGUCCUUCCAGGGGCCGGACGCCGCGGCGCUGGCCCGGUUCCCCGUGGUCCGGUACCAGAACUCGUGCUACCUGUUCUGGGUGGCGGAGCGGCUGCUGCAGAACUCCACGGCGCCGUGCCGGCUGGAGGCGGAGUCGGACCAGACCGGCUUCCGGGCCCAGCUGGACCGGGUCUUCCUGCUGUCGGAGGAGUUCCCCGUGUUCUGCCUCUGCAUGUGGAGGUUAGGCUGUCUGCUCACCCCCCAGGGCCCGGGACCAGGUCUACCCAGACCCCCUUUAGGACCAGGUCUACCCAGACCCCUUUAGGACCAGGUCUACCCAGACCCCUUUAGGACCAGGUCUACCCAGACCCCCUUUAGGACCAGGUCUACACAGACCCCAUUUAGGACCAGGUCUACACAGACCCCAUUUAGGACCAGGGACCAGGUCUACACAGACCCCCUUUAGGACCAGGUCUACCCAGACCCCCUUUAGGACCAGGUCUACCCAGACCCCUUUAGGACCAGGUCUACCCAGAUCCCCUUUAGGACCAGGUCUACCCAGACCCCAUUUAGGACCAGGUCUACACAGACCCCCUUUAGGACCAGGGAGUAGGUCUACCGCAGACCCCCUUUAGGGCCAGGUCUACCCAGACCUCCUUUAGGACCAGGGAGUAGGUCUACCGCAGACCCCCUUUAGGGCCAGGUCUACCCAGACCCCCUUUAGGACCAGGUCUACCCAGACCCCCUUUAGGGCCAGGUCUACCCAGACCCCCUUUAGGACCAGGUCUACCACAA